AUGCGUGCGAUCUUGCUUCUUAUGGCCAUACUGGCUAUCGGUCUGGCCGAACUUCUCCCAACGCAACCGGACCAGAAACAGGAUAACGCGAGCGUCGAGAGCACCGAAGACGAUGACCUCCCGGACCAUCCGUUCCAGGAGUUUGACGCGCUGCUUAGUCAGCGGGGUGAGUUGGGAGAAUUUAUAGAAAUUUUUAAAAAAACUUUAGGGAUUGAUCCUAUUGAGCCAAUAUUUUGACCAGACCUUUGUUAAUUGAGAUUCGAUCAAAUAAUUGAAGCUAGGUUAACAAUAGUUUAGUCCCCGAGACCUGAUUAUGAAAUUAGGGCCUUUGAAAAUGGAGUACUAUUUUUUGCUUUUGUCUGAAAUAAUUCGAACAUGCAAUUUAUACGCCUGCUUGCGCCACAAAUCUGUAUUCAAACCGUUUACAGCACAAAACCAUUACCUAGGGAAAAUAAUUCUGCUCAUGAACUGUCAAGGGACUUUAGACAGGGAAAUUAUGCAAAUACUUAAUCAGAAUCGGAAGCAAUAGCAAAUGUACGAUCCCUUGAGACGUAUGUGUUUUUUUUUUGGAUUUUUCAUUAGUCUGGAAUAAUGGAACAAAAAUCUCUAGACAAUAGUACUGCUCCGUGACAUUUCCUGUAUAAUACAUCCAUCACAUAAAAUCUAAAUGAAAUAUCGGCAAUGAAACCCAAAUGUCAAUCUCAAAUCUCAAUAUCACAACCUUUCCAUGUUUUCAUUGGCGAGCAAUUUCUUUGAAACGAUUUUACGAUUUUCGGAACACAAAACAAAGAUUUCCAGAAGACGUUUCCCGAAACAACAGUGUUAUUACAGGUUACGCAUACGUCACUGCGGUCAUGAUAAUGGUGAUGUUCGCGGCAGUGGUCUACUGCCACGUGGUGUCGGUCCGGAAGACUCGGCUGCUGGAGCAGUACGCUCAACAGUAAGUUUGGGACAGAGGUGUUCGCCCCAAGCAUGUUGUAGGCCAACUAUAGGUAGCACAAACGCUUAAGAUAUGGUUAUUUCUGGAACUCUACAAUAAAAUCACAAGAAAAUGUAUGUAAACACGUAGUACUACUCUACUCGAACCAAGCAAAUAGUUGUGACAAUUCAGAGGCCGUCUUCCCGAAUGGUCGCCACUCCUCAUCGACCGUAAAAACAUCCGUCCACCACCGCCAUACGAGCAAGUUGUCUGA